AUGGCCGCCACCACCGCCCUCCUGGUUUGUGACAUCCAAAACGGCAUCAUCGAGCGCGUCCAGGGAGGUCCCGAGAAUACCGAAUCCUUCCUGCAGCGCCUGUCCCAAACCAUCGCAGCGGCCCGCGCGGCCUCCCUCCCCAUCAUCUACGUGCGGGUGGCGUUUCGGCCAGGGAUGCCCGAGGUGUCACCCCGCAACGCAUUGCUGGCGGGCGCCAAAGCCGCCGGCGGGACGUCAUUCAGCGAGAGCUCCGCGUCGACGCAGAUCCACGCCAGCGUGGCGCCGCACGACGGCGACAUCGUGGUGAUCAAGCGGCGCGUGUCGGCCCUGCACGGCACGGACCUGGACCUGGUGCUGCGCAGUCUCGGGGUCGAGACGCUGGUGAUCGCCGGGCUCAGCACCAGCGGCGUGGUCAUGUCGACGGUGCGGCAGGGCGCGGACAUGGAUUACCGGCUGGUGGUGCUGGCGGAUCUGUGCAGGGACACGGAACAAGACAUGCACGAGGCGGCGAUCAAGGUCAUUGCGAAGCAGGCCGAGGUGCUCAGUGCGGCCGAGUGGGUGGAGAGGUUGUCGCAUUAA